AUUAUUUUGUUUUUUCCUUUGCCAUCAAUAUUUUAUUUUUCUCAUACUGUUGUAAUUUAAAUAAGCAAUGUUGAAUCUCAAUUAUCUCAAAUCUAAUUUACUAGAUUUCCUUUUUUGUUAUAAUACCCACAAGAUUGUUAAAGUAAAAAACCGAAGAAUAGGUAUCCUUUACCGAAUAUUUCAAGUCGUUGUUAUCGCCUAUAUAAUAAUAUAUGAAAUCAUCGAAGAUAGAUUAUAUUUAAGAACGGACCCUCCAGUAAGUGGCGCGAUAAGAUUAACGGUACAAGAGCCAAAAAUAUUCACAAAUUCAUCAUAUUGUAGCGAAAAUUCUUUACCGCUUACAAAACCAUCAAGUUGUGCGGAAGAAAAAUUACCUUGCGUAUAUUGGGGGGCAAAGGAAAUACAAUAUGCAAGUGAUGCAACAGGAGUAGGAUUUUUUACUACAAGGGCAAAUGUGGCAAAGUAUCCACCAGGAGCCUGCAAUUUUCUUUCAGCAUCAUCACCUGAAGAUGCUUGUAUUUUUAAUUCUAAAACAACUCCUGGUGAAGUUUUAAUGAAUAAGUCCUUUAUUGCUGAUAUUGAAAAUUAUACUGUUAUGAUUGAACAUUCUGUCGGUUCUGUUGAUGGAAAUAUUAUACUUAGUAAUACACAUAUGGAUGGCCAAUUUUUAUCUAAUGAUGGUAAAACUGUAAUUAAAUCAUAUACUAGCGCUUCAAGGUUCGAAACCGAUCCAAAUGCCAAUGGAGACAUUAUAACAAUGAAAGAAAUCUUGGACGCUGCAGGAGCAAAGUUAGAUGCAUGUUCAUUUGCUCCUGGUGCAAAUAAGGAUGAAUACGAAUCAAAUAGAUCUUCUGGUAUUGUAAUCGCAAUUGUAAUAGAAUAUGAAAAUGUUCUAUUCAAGAAUAACGUAUUCACUUAUAAAUAUCAUCCACAAGUUAUUGAUGGAGCUGAAUAUAAAGCAAUUGAAAGUAUUUAUAAUGUUGACGGUUCUUAUACAAUAAAAGAGCGACAUGGAAUUCGUUUGGUAUUUGAACAAUACGGAAAAAUCAGUUCAUUCGAUUUUAUAACUUUAUUGGUUAAUUUAACGGCAGCUUUUACUUUAUUCACAGUUGCAACUUACCCUAUAAAAUUAUUAAUAUUGUACAACGAUUUUAAAAAAAAUAGUAUAAACACUACAUGAUGGCACCGACGAAGUGACGAUUUUUUUAAAAUCACAUUAUGUAUUUGUGAUUUAAUGUAUUUAAUAUGUAUUUUUAGAAAAUUAUUUCUUUUGCUGGUCAAUAGAAACAAAAUGUAUAAAUAAUAUCAAUUCAUUUAUUA